AGUGAGAUUUCCGGUCCAUGACCAUUUCCAUCGUUCUAUAAAUAUGAUGGGAAAUGCGGAGAAGAGCUAGGGUUUUUAGAGUUUAAAGAGUUCCAAGAAUCGAGUGGAGGAUUCAAUGGCGGUUGUUGAUCUGGGCAAGUACUUGUACCUCCCCCUCAUCGAUGCGAAGAAAUCCAUCGGCCUCAAAGUCAACCUCUUCGCCGUUGUCACCGAGAUCAGUAGACCCAAGCGGAGCCGAGGCCAUGAUUUUGUUAUGACACUGAAGGUAGCAGAUCAGUCAUCUCCUGGGCUAUACGUGAACUUUUUCGCGGAGGAUACUGGAAAGUUACCAAAUGUUCAGUCAAAUGGGGAUAUCAUAUGUUUGCGUCGUGUUGUGCAGAUGCGAGUUCACAAUGGGGAGUGUUAUGGAAGUUAUGAUAAGCAUUUUUCUUCAUUUGCGCUAUUUGAAGGGAAGGCAAGGGAGAGCUUUAAAGCUUAUCAGACAUCAAUCAACUAUCAGGCCUCAAAUAAUGAGAAGGAACUUUUGUCAAAAUUAAGAACACAUUUUUAUGAUCAUAAAUCUGAUGCGGUGAUGAAAUCAUGCCUGCUGCGGUUAAAUAGCGUCAAGACUGAGACAGUGUUUGAUUUAAUAUGCAGGGUCCUCCAUGUUUGUGAAAUUUCUGAUGAUCAAUGGAUGAUAUAUGUGUGGGAUGGAACAGAUACUCCCUGUGCGCCUUGCCAUAAAGACUUGAAUGCAGAAGGAGAAGAUCCGUUACCUUUAAAUCUUGACAUAGUGCCACUUUCAAGAAAGAUUCUUCAAACAUUCCCUUGUGUUGGGACAGUCUUCAGGAUUGUUGUUCGAAAAUACUUUGAAGAGAUACCCCAAUUAAGUGAUGGUUGUUGGGUCAAGCUAUGCAAUCUGACAUGUGAAUUGCAUUACGGAAUUUGGAGAGGAUUACUCCAUGGUUCCAGCAAAGUUCAUAUCUUAUCAGAUGAAGAUGAAAAUGUCAAGUCUAAUAUGAGGGAUUAUCAAGAUCGACUUGCAUCUGGAGCCCGAGUUCAGUCUUUGACAUGCUCUCCUAGGCAUUCUUAUAUGACAGGGACAGAUUUUGAGAAGGAGCCUUGUGUAGCUCUAAUAAAAUCUCUUGCUUGUCGUAAGGUAACACACAAAUUCAAGUCUAUUGUUCGGGUGGUAGCGGCAUAUCCUUGGAAAGGCGAGCACCUCCGUUCUCCCGUUCAGGGCCAUUAUCGUGUUAGGCUGACUUUGGAAGAUUCAACCGCGAGAAUCCAUGCAUACAUUCAUGGUGAUGAUGGGGUUAAGUUUUUCGGAGGGCAUCCGGAGGUUGAGAAAUUAUCGACUAAAAUGCGCCGGCUUCUUGGCAUAAAGGAAAAUAUUGGAGUAGAGGAAGCAGCCACUUCUGUUAGAGAUCCACCGUGGGUGUGCUGUUGCUUAAAAUCUUAUUACCUGGAUAAAAGUGAUACGUGGGGUAGCAGAAGGUACAGGAUCUUUGGAACUUAUAUACUUGACUGAGGCCAUCUUGUGUAUGUAAUACCCCAAGUUUUUACCAACCCUGCAGGUAAAGUUGUAUAGUUUCUAGCUGUUUGUAGAAUUAAUUCAGCUAAAGUAAAAGGGAGUUGGUUGUUAACUCUUUCCUUUUUUUUUAUUUUUUAUUUUGUGGUAGCUUGAAAAUUGAGAAUGAACUAGAGCAAAGCAGAAGGGUGUGAUUCUAUUAUUAUUAUUUUUUUUUAA